CGACGCAAUGGGAGGGGAGGAUGGAGCAAGCAAGAGGACGAGCUGCUGCGCCGCAUGGUGGCGCAGUAUGGCGCCAAGAACUGGAAAAAGAUAGCCGAGCACUUUGCGGACCGCACCGACGUGCAGUGCCUUCACCGGUGGCAGAAGGUGCUGAACCCCGAGGUGCACAAGGGGCCCUGGACCCCUGAUGAGGAUGAGGCGAUCAUCCGGCUGGUGGCGCUGCACGGCCCGCAGAAGUGGACAAUGAUUGCGGAGUACCUUCCGGGCCGCAUCGGCAAGCAGUGCCGGGAGCGCUGGCACAACCACCUGAACCCCGCCAUCAAGCGGGGCCAGUGGACCCGGCACGAGGAUGAAGUCAUCGUGCGCUUCCACCGCCGAUUCGGAAACCAGUGGGCCCGCAUGGCGCAGCACCUCAAGGGUCGCACCGACAACGCCAUCAAGAACCAUUGGAACUCCACGCUGCGGCGCAAGGUG